AAAACAAGUGUAGCAUCGAGCAUCGACAGCGAUCAAAGCAAAAGAGCAAAAGGAAUCUCAACACUGGAGCUUGAAAGUCUAUCUGUACUUGGUCGCAGAGAAUUGGUUGUGAACUACGCGUCCGUUACCCCGCGCGAGCCUCCUCUUGCCCUUUAACGCACGACGAGAAAAUAUGACUACCGAUUACUUUGCAUACUUGGAGGAGUAUAUAGCCACGAUAGAGGCAGUUCCCCAAGAGGUACACUAUACUCUCAACGAAUUACGUGCAAAGGACGAGGAAUGUGACGCACUGCGCCAGGACAUAGCAAGAGCGCAGAUGGACUUUUACGACAAGAUGGAGGAGAUCGUUCGUGCUCAGGUCGAGCUUGCCAAACUGGAGGGAAAAGGAACGUCACGUCCUAAGCCCAAAGGAAAAGCGGUGAUCCAAACGCCGCCAAGGCUGGAGCAUACAUUUGACUCAUUUGAAGAUGCGGAGAGAAAAGAACUGGUUCGCGAUUUUCCGGAUCAGCUCGAACUGUACGAAAGGAUAACGGAAGAUUUCAAAAAAUGCAAAGAAAUUGCAGAAGAGAAGGUUCAGAUGGCGGAGAGAUCCAAGGAAUUGAUCGACAGAUAUUUGAGGCGUUUGUCACAGGAUCUCGAUCGAAUAAAUCCUUCGGUGGAGGAGAGUAGUGCAUGCGCGACAGUAUCUGUUGUUACCGCAGGGCACGCAUUGCGUGACCGAACUACUCCGAUAAACAGCAGACGAAGCGCUACAUCCCUAUUCUCGUUGACUGCGACUGGCCCACCUGCCCGAGUGGGAGCGCCGUCAAUAAAACGACGAGCUCUAGCGUCACAAAGAAGGUCGACAAAGCGUAAAUCAACACCGCACAUCUUCAACAGUCCGCUUUCGUCACCAAGAUGGCGUGGUGCAUCGCCUGAUACGUCGGACGAGUUGGUCUACUGUACCUGUCAACAGGUGUCGUUUGGCGAAAUGAUAGCGUGCGACAAUGAGGAGUGUCCACAUGAGUGGUUCCAUUUGGAAUGCGUGGGCCUCAGUGCUCCGCCCGAAGGUGCCUGGAUGUGUUCGACGUGUAGCUCAGAGAGACGCAAAAGAAGGCGCGAGUAGUAUCGGCGAUGGUGUUUUAUGAAGCGAGAUAUUUAUAUUAUUAUAUUGUGCAACCGCGGGCGAUCAAUUAGCGAUAGCGACGCCUGCUUGGCAAACGCAUCCCAGCGCGCAAAACCGAUGAUGCAUCCUAGUCAAUCAACCUUGUUUGCUUUUUCCAAAUUUUCUAUUGUCUAUAAUAAGUUAUACAUCUGCUACUCGA